UGAUUUUGAAACUAAAUGAUAAUCUCUCUCCAUCUCUCUCUCGAUCUCUCUCUCCAAGAAAUGUAAGUUUGAGCUGAGGAGUCAGUCCUAGUCUCUCUCCUAAUCUUUCUCUCCAGUUGCCAUCUCUCUACAAAUACACACAUAUCAUAUCACUUCUCUCCCUGUAUUUCUGUCAUCCCCUCUCUAUAUACACACACCUCUCUAUGAUUGGCUCAUGCUCUUUUUUCCUCACUGAUUACGGCUAGGGUUUCAUUUUUUUUUCAUUUUUCACGCCUCAAUUUUUCAUCAAAACACUCAGAUCUAUCUAUAUUUAAAUGUAUUUUGUUUAUUUAAUUCAGUAAGUCUUAUACUUAGGUUUUAUUUCAAUUUUGAUCAAUUGAGUUGAUAAGUCAUAGUAGUGUAAUUGGAGUGAUUAUUUUGUUAUUUAGGUCAUCUGAUUUGAUUGGAUUGGAUUAAUUUCUUUCGAUUUCAAUAUUUUUCGUUGUGCAUUGUUCUUGUUCCUUGUGAUAUUGUCUGCUUUAGUGUUGUUUUUUGAAUUAUUAGGAGCUCAUCAGUCCCCAAGCUCUCAAAGUCUUCACUCAGUGAAUUGGGUUGAUUUGCUCCUGUAUUAAGUAUCGUAAGAAGAAGGGACUUCCGAUUCCUUGUUGUGGAGUUGAAUUUUGUUAUCGUGGGAGUCAAUAACUCAAGAGAUGAGUGAUAGGACUAGUGAAAGCGAAGAUAGGAAUGUAGGCAAUGGUUAUGUAGAGGUAGACUCAUCUUUAGUUGAAGAAGCUAGCAGUGGAGAUAACAUGGCAGUAGGUGGUUUGCUGAAGAAAGGGCCGUGGACUUCAGCAGAAGAUGCAAUAUUGGUUGAUUAUGUCAACAAACAUGGAGAGGGAAACUGGAAUGCUGUCCAAAAGAACUCUGGACUGUCUCGUUGUGGGAAAAGCUGCCGUUUGCGUUGGGCGAACCACCUAAGGCCAGAUCUCAAAAAAGGGGCAUUUAUGCCCGAUGAAGAGCGUCGUAUUAUUGAACUCCAUGCUAAGAUGGGGAAUAAGUGGGCUCGAAUGGCUGCUGAGUUACCCGGGCGCACUGACAAUGAGAUAAAGAAUUUUUGGAACACUAGAAUCAAAAGACGGCAGCGGGCUGGUUUACCUAUUUAUCCUCCUGAUAUCUGUUUGCAAACAAUAAAUGAGAAUAAUUCAAGUCAGGAUAUGAGCACAUUUGCAACUGCUGAUACAGCUUAUCCCAUGCUUUUACCGAACAAUAACUUGGAGAUUCCAUCUGUUGAAUUUGAAUAUCUACAAGUAAACCAACCGUUAUAUCCAUCUUUACUCGAUCCUGGAAGUGGUUUGCAUACCCAGGCUCUUGGGUCUACGUCUAGUAGUGGCUUUAUGUUAUCAACCAUGCAUCCAGUCAAGCGUCUUCGAGAAUCAGAAUCCUUGCUUCCUGGUUUUAGUGGUGUUGUCAGUGAUGUUCUCCCCGUCUUCAGUGAAUAUCAGGAUGAGGGUUCUAGGAAAAUUGCUAAAUCUUUUGGAGGCUCUUCAUAUGACUACAGCCUAUCAUCAUCCUCAUGUUUACUUCCUGGUAGCCAUGCCAUAUUAAAUGGCGACUGUUCUUCUUCCGAGCCCAUCUCUUGGGCAACGAAGCUGGAGCUCCCUUCAAUUCAAAAUUCAGAUACUCAAAUAGGUAACUGGGGCACACCUUCCCCGUUGCCUUCCCUUGAGUCUGUUGAUACUUUGAUCCAAACGCCUCCAAAUGAGCAGGCACAGUCAAAUUGUUUCUCACCACAUAACAAUGGCCUGCUGGAGUCGGUACUGUAUGAAUCUCAAGCUCUGAAAAACUCAAAGAACUAUUCCAGCCAGUUGACUUCUCCUGUUUCUGCUACUCCUGGGGAUGUUCCUUUUGGUACGCAAGAGAAUGAUGCAGAAUGGAAUGUAUAUGCUGAACCAAACUCUCCACUAGGGCAAUCUGUUGCCUCAGUGUUCAGUGAAUACACACCUGUUAGUGGAAGUUCAUUAGACGACGCCCAGGCGGCGAAGUUGCUGCCAGUUAAACAAGAAGUGGAAUGGGGUCCUACGUGCUGUGAAGAGAAUAGUCAAAACUUGUGUCAGAUGGUCUCUCCCAGACCAGAUAUGCUGCUAGGCUCAAGUUGGUAUGGUUCAAGCAGUGAGCAUGGUAAGGAGCAAUCUAAUCUGACAGAUGCAAUUGGCGCACUUCUUUGUGAGGACUUCAGCUACGAUUGCAGGCCAGCAGAUGCCAUGGCUGGCACGUGCUCUCGUCAGUGGGACAUGUCUUCUUCCAUCUGCCAGAUUUCUGAAAAUCAUUAAGCAUUUUGAAUGCUUCAUUUAAGUUUCGUGGACAACUUUUUCUCAAUGAUCAUUGGAUUGUGAAAGUAAUCUUGAUUAAAUUUUUGUUGUUUCGGCCCUUUGUAGACGUUGAGCGGAUCCAUUUGUUCUUAUUGUUGCACGAUUUGAAGUAUUCAUGCAGUACACUAAUGCUAUUGAUGAUUUUGAGAUUGA